AUGCUGUUCGCUGUGCUGUGGCCCAUUUGGUGGCUCUGCUACUCGUACAUGGACUUCGACUUCGACCGCGCCACAGCGCUCUUAUACGUGGCAAUGUACCCCAGAUCUUGGUUCGAGCGCCAGGCUCGGCGGAUGGCCAACUCGUCCGAGGUGACGCUGUUCCUCAUCAGCUUCGACGCUCUGCGCCUGAAGUCGGGGUUGGACAUGUGCAUUCGUAUGGCCAUGAACCUGUCGUUCAGUCACCGCCUCGGUCGCGUGGUGGAGUUUCUGAUCCUCCAUCGGCGGCACGAAGUUGCGUCUAAGCAGUCGUCGAGUAAGAAAGACAACCAAAUGCACAUCCGCCGACCCACUGCGCUCAUCUUCGUCUUCGUGAGCAUCGGAGUGCUGAUGCACACCAACCAAAGCAUUGUUACCUCAGACAAAAGGUGUUUGGCUUAUCCCGAGUGUGUUGCAUACGCGUACCGCUGGUCCGAGACGGAGUUUUGCCCGUGUCGAGCGCUGAUAGACGUGGAUAAAGCGCCUCGAAGCUACGCCGAGUGGACAAACCCUCCAAACGUGACAGAAUUACUGCGUAAGUUGUCACUGACAGGCGAUUUACGCGUCAUCGAGGUCGUCAACAGGCACCUCCCAGCACUGCCUGAUGAGCUCCAGCGCUGCACACAACUCCAAAGCAUGUGCGUGUUACAUAUAUGUUGUAUCUAG